AUGGCAGCGUGGCAGCGUGGCUUCGCCUCCGUUGCUCCUGGCCUGGCACAAGCCUGGAUGAUGGCUCCAGUUGUCAAUAUGGAAGUGGCACGUAUUCUCUCCAAGCCACCUUCUUCUACUGUGUACGGUGCCGUCAAGGGCGGCUCUGGUGACCCCGUCUAUGAGAUCGGGAAAAGAAGGGCGUUUCUAAGCCUUCCUUGUCGUCGAUCCCAGAGCCUAAAGUACUUCUCCGCCAUCUCGUUACCUCUCCAGGACAAGUACGUCUUUCAACACUUAUUGGACGGCAAGUUUCUGCAAGACCGGGUUCCAGCCACCAUCAAUAGCCGUGCCAAGCAUCAGCCUCCUCAGUCUGGCGGAGGUAGUUACUUGUUACACACCACUCCUACUAGAAGAGCUGCCACGAAUGGAUUCGGGAAGAUGAUAGGAUCACGAAAAAUAAUUCGAUCUUGCUGCGGUGCUUUGGGGAUUGUUAAAGAUGAGCUUGGUUCUCAGGUCCGUCUCUCGGUCAACUGUUGA